AGGUUAAGUUUUCGGAAAAAGAAAGAUCAUGUACCAGAAUGCUCUAAACCUCAUCAAUGGCAGGAAGACGAGAAAAAAGUUCGAGAAGGAACUUGUAGUUUUCAAGUGAGGUAUUUAGGAUGUAUAGAAGUUUUCGAUUCUCGAGGGAUGCAAGUUUGUGAAGAAGCAGUCAAAGCACUCAAAAAUCAAGCUAAAGGUAAAGUACAGAGAGCUGUGUUAUAUGUAUCUGGUGAUGCUUUACGAGUUGUAGAUGAAAUCAGUAAGAGCAUGAUAGUAGAUCAGACAAUAGAAAAAGUAUCAUUCUGUGCCCCAGACAGAAACCAUGAAAAAGGUUUUGCCUAUAUUUGUCGAGAUGGUACUACAAGGAGAUGGAUGUGUCACGGCUUUAUGGCCGUUAAAGAGUCCGGGGAAAGAUUGAGUCAUGCUGUUGGUUGUGCAUUUGCUGUCUGCCUUGAGAAAAAACAGAAAAGAGAUAAAGAGACUGGUGUAACAGUAACAUUUAGUGAAGACCGUACUAGUUUUACACGUACAGGAUCAUUUCGUCAAACGUCUAUGACUGAAAGACUGGCUGAUCCCCAGAGUGCAAUAUUAGCAGGUAUGUAUUUUGCAAGACUUAGGAGAGUUGAUAAUCCUUUUGCUGUUCAGAGACCUCAUGCUACACCAGAACUUUUCAAUAGACAAGGUUCUUUUAGAGGCUUUGAAAAGUUACAAGAAGCUUCAUCCCCAUUUAAAAGGACACUUUCAUUACGUUAUUCUGAUCUCCCAUCAACCCUUCAACGACAGAAUGCGAUAUUAGAAUCACCUAGUGCUAAUGGUGGAGGAACGAUACAUGAGGUUUCACCAGAACAUGACGACUCUAUAGCUCAAAUGUGUCAACAAUUAACUCAAGGUUUAUCUGCAUUAACUACUGAUGAAACA